AUGUCGACAAACAAUCACGACCAUGAAGAUCCUUCAUCAUCAGCCUCAAAAACGAUGCCGUCUCCUUCUCCAUCAACCCUCAAUUCCUCCUCCUCUUCUUCCUCUUUCAAACUCCGAAAAAUCCCUCCCAUUCCAAUCCGCCGAAGCCCACUGAACGACACCGAAUCAAUCAACAAUGACGACGGCGACGACACAAAUUACCGUGAUGAAAAUGACGCUAAGGAGAAAUUGGGGAAGGGAAAUGAUAAAGAGGACGAUAAUACGCCGAUAAUCAUGGCGUCUGCGCUCGGAUUGAAUCAUAUAAGGACACGAUCCCUUCCGAUUCCUUCUCCGCUUAGGUUUUCGUCGUCUGCUGGUACGCCGUCGUGUUUAGGGAAUGCCAUGUACAAGGAGGAUAAAACAGGUGUCGAAAUGAGGCUUAACGGAUCGUCCCUUGAGCAAGGAGAAAAGAUUUCGUGGAGUGAAUCGAAACGGUAUAGAACUCAUUCGCAACUCAAUCCAGCAAUGGAGAGUAAUCAUUCAGCAUUUUUUGCAAAGGAAAUCCAGUCUCCGCGUUUUCAAGCUAUAUUACGUGUUACAAGUGGUAGGAUGAAGAAGGCCCAAGAUGUUAAGAGCUUCUCUCAUGAGCUUAAUUCCAAAGGAGUUAGGCCUUUUCCAGUUUGGAAGUCCCGUGCAUUUGGUCAUAUGGAGGAAGCUAUGGUGGCAAUCAGGACGAAAUUCGUCAGGUUAAAGGAGGAGGUUGAUUCUGAUUUAGGUAUAUUUGCUGGAGAUUUGGUGGGUAUACUUGAAAAGACCUCAGACACUCACCCUGAAUGGAGAGAGAGUUUGGAGGACUUGUUGGUUGUAGCUCGACAGUGUGCAAAGAUGUCAUCUAGUGAAUUUUGGGUGAAAUGUGAGGGUAUCGUCCAGAACCUAGACGAUAAACGUCAAGAGCUGCCAAUGGGGAUCAUCAAACAAGCGCACACCCGACUUUUAUUUAUCCUCACUCGAUGCACUAGGCUUGUGCAGUUCCAAAAGGAGAGUGGUUAUGAUGAAGACAAAAUUCUGGGUAUCCAUCAGUGUAGUGAUCUUGGAGUUUAUCCUGAACAGAUAAUUGAGAUUGCACAGCAGGACUUUAGUGGUCCAUUGGUGGGUUGGAAGAUAGCGAAUGAGACACAGCGAAAGAAACCCCAUGGCCAUGAACAAGACACUCAAGUUAUAAAGCAUGAUCAAGUAGAUCAGUCCUUGGAGGUUGGCACUGCAAAAAGUGUUGAUUCAACUGCAAGCAGCUUUAGGAUGUCAUCUUGGAGGAAACUUCCAUCUGCUGCUGAGAAAAAUCGGAAGGACACUGGUGUUGUUCAAACACCUUCCAAGGGUAAAUCAGAAUCAAUACAUAAUAAAGAUGAUUAUUCAGAAAAUCUUGAAACUCCAGAGCAUCCUCCAUCCCCUGGAACAAAAAGAGUUUCUUGGGGACUCUGGGCGGAACAGCACAAUGUUACAUAUGAAAAUUCUAUGAUAUGCCGGAUAUGUGAGGUUGAAAUACCGAUUGUACAUGUAGAGGAACACUCUUUAAUUUGUACAAUUGCCGACAGAUGUGACUUGAAAGGCUUUACUGUAAAUGAAAGACUUGAAAGAGUUGCAGAAACUCUUGAAAAGAUACUGGACUCAUGGUCACCAAAAAGUACACCAAAAAGCUGUAAUACUCCAAGAGGAAGUCCUGAGGUUGAAAGAGUGCCCACAUCAGGUAUACAUGAAGUGUCAGAUGAGUUAUCACCAAAACGAAACAGCUUCUCUUCUCGCUGCUCUGAAGAGAUGCUUGAGGUUGUGCCUGAUUCUUUUGUGAUCGAAGAUCUCAAUGUCUUUCCAGAAAUUUCAUGUGAAGCACAUCCCACUGUAACAAUUGAUGUAGGCAAAAAAACCACAUCAAGAGGAAGUUUGACUCCACGAUCUCCAUUAUUAACGCCGCGGACUAGCCAAAUUGGAUUGCUAUUGAGUGGACAGAAGACAAUAACAGAGCUUGAGAAUUGUCAUCAGAUAAGCAAGCUACUGGAUAUUGCUCGUUCUGUUGCAAGUCUAAAUGGCAAUGACUAUAGUGCAUUACAGAGCAUGCUGGACCGUCUAGAAGACCUAAAAUAUUCCAUUCAGGAUAGGAAGGUGGAUGCCCUCAUUGUAGAGACCUUUGGAAGACGCAUAGAGAAAUUACUUCAGGAGAAAUAUGUACAGCUCUGUGCACAAAUAGAUGAUGAGAAAUCAGACCCAUCAAAUCAUAUGGCUGAUGAAGACAGUUCUGAGGAAAAUGAUGCAGUUCGAAGUUUGCGUACAAGUCCUAUUAAUAUGUCUUCCAAAGACCGAACUUCUAUAGAAGAUUUUGAAAUAAUAAAACCAAUCAGUAAAGGGGCAUUUGGAAGGGUUUUCCUUGCUAGAAAAAGAGCUACUGGUGAUUUGUUUGCUAUAAAGGUCUUAAAGAAGGCUGAUAUGAUUCGUAAAAAUGCAGUUGAAAGUAUUUUGGCAGAGCGCAACAUCCUCAUAUCACUUCGCAAUCCUUUUGUGGUUCGGUUUUUCUACUCCUUCACAUGCAGGGAAAAUCUUUAUCUAGUCAUGGAAUAUCUAAAUGGUGGAGAUCUGUACUCUUUAUUGAGAAAUUUGGGCUGCUUGGAUGAAGACAUGGCCCUUAUGUAUAUUGCAGAAAUUGUUCUUGCUUUGGAGUAUUUGCAUUCUUUAAAUGUCAUUCAUAGAGACUUGAAGCCGGACAACUUGUUGAUUAGUCAAGAUGGUCACAUCAAGUUGACAGAUUUUGGGCUAUCAAAAGUUGGUCUUAUCGACAGUACAGAUGACUUAUCUGUUCCGUUAGUCAGUAGUACUGGUUUUCUUGAUAAUGAUGAACUAAAAGAUCAAUCUUCAUUCAAGAGAGAAGAGCGUCAAAAGCAUUCAGUUGUUGGCACUCCUGAUUAUUUGGCACCUGAGAUCCUUCUCGGCAUGGGGCAUGGUGCAACUGCUGAUUGGUGGUCUGUGGGUAUUAUUCUUUUUGAGCUGCUUGUUGGUUUACCUCCAUUCAAUGCAGAAACUCCACAGCAAAUAUUUGACAACAUAAUGAAUAGAGAUAUACCCUGGCCCAGGAUUCCUGAGGAGAUGAGCUUUGAGGCCCAUGAUUUAAUUGAUAAAUUAUUGACAGCAAAUCCACUUCAAAGGCUAGGAGCAACAGGAGCUAGAGAGGCUAUGUUCAUUCCAACAGGAGAAGCACAUGACACAAGUUAUUUUAUGAGCCGAUAUAUAUGGAAUCCAGAAGGUGAAAAUGUUCAUGGAGGCAGUGACUUUGAGGACCUGACAGACACAUGCAGCAGUGGUUCAUUUAGCAAUACACAUGAUGAUGAUGGGGAUGAAUGUGUUAGCUUGGCAGAGUUUCAUGCUCCGACUCUUGACAUGAAGUAUUCUUUUAGUAAUUUCUCAUUUAAGAAUUUGUCUCAGCUGGCUUCAAUGAAUUAUGAUCUAGUUAUUAAGAGCACAAAGGAAUCUGCAGAUGCCUUCAAACCAUCAGUUCCAUGA